ACUCGAUACAACUAAAUUAAAACACGACAAUCACGUGGUAAAAAUCUUCAAAACUGUAGCACUGGUGGUGGUAUCGGAGAAAAUGAGCGGUGCCGGAAAGACAGUCUGUGUUACAGGAGCUUCAGGAUACAUAGCUUCGAACCUCGUCAAGCUUUUGCUCCAACGAGGAUACGCUGUCAAAGCCUCCGUUCGUUAUCCCAACAAUCCAGCAAAAACAGACCAUUUGCUCAAGCUUGAUGGAGCUAAGGAAAGACUUCACUUGUUCAAAGCAGACCUACUUGAAGAAGGUGCCUUUGAUGCUGCCAUUGAUGGUUGUGAUGGAGUCUUCCAUACAGCUUCUCCUUUUUUCACUUCAGUCGCAGAUCCAGAGAAAGAACUGAUUGAACCUGCAUUGAAGGGAACUCUUAAUGUUCUUGGUUCAUGUUCAAAAGCUUCAUCAGUUAAAAGGGUGGUGGUUACAUCUUCCUUAGCUGCAGUUGCUUUUAAUGCAAGGCCUAAAACCCCUGAAGUUGUAAUUGAUGAGACAUGGUUUUCUGAUCCAAAGUUUUGCAAGGAAAUGAAAUUGUGGUAUGUGUUGUCAAAAACUUUGGCUGAAGAGGCUGCUUGGAAAUUUGCAGAAGAAAAUGGCGUGGACAUGGUGACUAUAAAUCCAGCAAUGGUGAUUGGUCCUCUAUUGCAGUCAACUCUUAACACUAGUGCUGAAUCAAUUGCAAAUCUAAUAAAUGGGGCAGAAACAUAUGCAAAUUCUAGUCUUGGGUGGGUUAAUGUUAAGGAUGUUGCAAAUGCACACAUACAAGCUUUCGAGAUCCCUUCGGCUAAUGGAAGAUAUUGUUUGGUGGAGAGUGUUGUUCACUCUUCUGAGUUAGUUGAGAUACUACGAAAGCUUUACCCAUCUUAUCCCCUUCCUCAGAAGUGUGCGGAUGACAAGCCAUUGGCUACGACUUUCCAAGUUUCAAAGGAAAAGGCAAAGAGUUUGGGAAUUGAGUACAUUCCUCUAGAGCAAAGCAUCAAGGAAACUGUGGAGAGCUUGAAAGAAAAGAAUUUUCUGAAAUUGUGACCAUCUUCACUUCUCUUUGAAAUAGAUCACUCAUGAUGUUGCAUAUGGGUAUAUGUUUGGGGUUGAUCAUAUGAUGUAUUUUUUGUUUUUGAUUAGAAUAGGUUGUGUGGCUAUGUGAUUCCUAAUGAGCCCAGUAUCUUCUUGUCAUUUCCUUUUCUAUUAAAUGGAGCUAUCUUUAGCUGUGAUUUAUAAUAAUUGAUGAUAUCUUGCUUGUUUGCA